AUGCACCGACGAAAAACGAGUAAAGAGACCCCGGAAAAUGGCGAGUCGACAGCACCAGAGAUGGAUAGCGGUGCUCCCAUGAGAGGGGAGAGUGAUCCUCCCAGUCCCGUACGCGAAACAAAUGGAUCAGGAGUAUAUGAAUCUGGUCCUCGAGGUCCAUCUUCGCCAACUCAUCCGCAGAUAUCGGUACGUGCACCGUCGGCGGGAACACCUCCCAGCGUUCCAUCAGCGAGGCAAACGUUUGGAAAAGUGGCAUCUCAAGCUAUGAACCGUCAUUCGCGCGCUCCGUCUGUGUAUGAACCACUAUACGGAAACCCACCGAGUGCUCCUCCGACAAAACAGUCUUUCAGUCCAACAUCCCCGACAGGCCCACCGCCUUCCCCAUGGAGAAGUGGGUUUCCACCUCCAUCGCCAUCUACCAGUCCACAGAGCCAGACCAGCUCACGAAGAGGUCACGGCCGAGUACACUCGCGCAAUUUAUCAGUAUAUUUCCCAAGACCAGGUCAGGUACUUAGCGCGGGAGUUGCAUCCAUUGCCGAGGAUACCGAUGGCCAGGAAAUCGAAUACACGAGGAACGGAGACGCACCUAUACAACUCAUCCCCGCUCCAAAUGGCACUCAGGCUCGUGGCCUUGGAGAUGGCUUCAAAUUUGGUGGACUUCCGAUGGAUCCGGGUGCACCGAGUGUGAGUGGUGGAGGCAAACGUAGAGGUCAUCAUCACAAGCACUCUCUGUCCCACAACUUUUUCUCCUUCAUGGAGCCAGGUUUAUCCAACCAAUCCGUCCCGUCACCAGUCCCAGAGUCGCCAUGGGCACCACUCACCCCAUUCCCUCAAACGGCCACUACAUCCAGCGCGCUCACUCCCUCGGCUUCACUCAUCCCCGACGCCCCUCGUCGCGCCCAUUCUCCCUUGCACGCUCCCCGGUCUGGCACGGUAGGCUAUCUACAAGACCUACCACCUGGCUCCAAGCGUGCUCUCGUUUUCGGCCUUGUCGAGUUUUUACUCGGGGGGAUGGUGUGGGUUGCCGGUCAACGACGAGGAAGUCUGGCCUGUGCGGGGUUGGGGUAUUGGGUAGUAUUUGAUGCUAUGGGGGUGGGGAUGGGUGUAGUUGGGCGGGAACUUGCCUUAGGUGGAGCGAUGGGCGAGACGGUUGCCAGGCCUUUUGGGUCUGUUCGAUUAGAAACGACACUGAUGUUUUCGCAAGCAGUAUAUCUGAUGUUCGCUGCUGUCUAUACCUGCAAGGAGACUGUGGAGCAUAUGCUGCUUGCUGCCGGGUCGUCACAUCAUCACCACAGCGGAGACGAGGAUGCUUACUCUCCAGAAGGGUUGCUUUUCCCGAAUGUUUUAUUAAUACUCUCGGCCGUGUGUAUGCUCUUCACAGCUGUCGCCUUUACAACACACGAAAGGCUGGUGGCCGCGGCUGGCCCCGAUCUUCCGACACUCUCUUCUCUCUUCUCUCAAUUCCGAUCUUCCUCCUCCCGAUCUUCUGAAAAAUCCCGCACCCAAUCUCAAUACGACAAUCGCACACGAUGGGUCAAGAUUCUCGAUAAUCCAUUUUGUGCGGCCCCAGUUGGGUUCGCGCUGGCCUUGCUUGGCGUAUCCUUGUUUAUCAGCUCAACCGAACAUCGUUCACUUGAUAUCGCGCUCGCUGGGGCAGAAACACUGAUCACAUGGGCAAUCGCAUACCCCGUCGCCGUGAGCUUGGGCAAAGUACUACUACAAACCGCUCCAGCUGGACUGGAAGGACUAGACCGAGUCGUACGAGAGCUCGAACGACACCCACACAUUUCCCGUCCUCCGGUUCCCAAAGUAUGGCAACUCACACCAGGAAGCGCGCUCGUCGCAACGAUGGAACUCCCUAUCCGACGCGGAGUGGACGAUACCGAGGUGUUGGCGCUGACGAGGUAUGCGUAUGAGCGGUGUGUUGCUGUUGUGGGGCGAGGUGGAGGACCGGGAGGCUCGACAAAACUCGUUCCACCCUUUACGGAAGAAACGGCCCGUGCCAAGGUCAAGGUCGCCCAGAACUUGUGGAAUGGGCAAGACCCAGAAAAGAUAGCAUUGGCCUAUACACCAGACAGCAUCUGGCGAAACCGUUCUUCGUUUGUCCAGGGUCGACCGGCCAUAGCCGAAUUGCUCCGAAACAAAUGGGCAAAGGAGAAAGAUUAUAUGCUUCGUAAAGAGCUUUUUGCGUUUACGGAUAAUCGAAUUGCUGUGCAGUUUUGGUACGAGUAUCGGGAUGCGUCGGAUGGUAUGAAGUGGAAGCGGUGUUAUGGGCUGGAAGAUUGGACGUUUGCUGAGGAUGGGCUUAUGCGGAAGAGACAGAUGAGUGGGAACAAUAUAGAAAUCCAGGAUGGGGAGAGGUGGUUCAAGGGGUUAAACAAGGACCAAGUUGAGAGUGCGGAAAUCUCCGAGAAGCACUGGUGA